UUUCCUUGAGGCAGGGCUCAUUCAUUGUAUAAAAAGCCAGCUGGCCCGUUGACUUCACAACAGACUAGAACAACCAGACAACCUGUUCUUCUCUGUGUACCAGGUUCAGCCUCCUUUGAAGUAUGAGUUCCCAUCAGCAGAAGCAGCCCUGCAUCCCACCUCCACAGCUUCAGCAGCAUCAGGUGAAACAGCCCUGCCAGCCUCCUCCCCAGGAACCAUGCAUCCCUCAAACCAAGGAGCCAUGCCACACCAAGGUUCCUGAGCCCUGCCAUCCCAAGGUUCCAGAGCCCUGCCAUCCCAAGGUUCCGGAGCCCUGCCACCCCAAGGUUCCAGAGCCCUGCCAUCCCAAGGUUCCAGAGCCCUGCCAUCCCAAGGUUCCAGAGCCCUGCCACCCCAAGGUUCCGGAGCCCUGCCACCCCAAGGUUCCGGAGCCCUGCCACCCCAAGGUUCCGGAGCCCUGCCAUCCCAAGGUUCCGGAGCCCUGCCAUCCCAAGGUUCCAGAGCCCUGUCCUUCACCAGUCGUCCCAGGGCCAACUCAGCAGAAGACCAAGCAGAAGUAAUGUGGUCCACAGCCAUGCACUUGAGGAACUGACCACCAGCGGCUGAAUCUCCUCUCCCAUCUGCUUCUGUUGCCCCACUUGCAUUAGUGUGCUGUCACCCUGAAUCAUUACCCCUCCUUCUUUGUACCCUGUAAAAAGCUUCGCUCACAUUCAGUCUGGAGGGUUCCUGAGCUUCUGAAUCAGGUUGUAAGGUUCACUGGCUGAGCUAGUCUUCCGGCUGCUCAGGGCUCAUCUGAAGAAAGAUGUUGGGGUUGGGGGAAUUGAGUGAAUCUUCCCUGCUCUGCCCCCAUUAAAUAUGUUUAACUCAA